CCCCACGCCCCACCCCACCCCACCCACAGCCCAUUUUCUCUCUCCUCUCUCUCUCUCUCUUUCUCUGGGUUGGCUCCACACUCCCUACACAUCAAGAAGAAGAAGAAGAAGAGCAGAAAAAGAAAAUAUCUUGGAAACAUAACAGUGAAAAGCUUACACUUAAAACUCAGCUGAAUUUUCUUUAAGUUGCUGUUGAUUAACUUGCUGACACUGUUGAAAUGGCAAAGCACUCACAAGUACCAAAGUUUGGCGAAUGGGAGAGUGAUGAAGACGUUCAAUAUACUACCUAUUUUGAGAAUGCUGCUAAGGGUAAGAAAGGAAGUAAAAUGAAUCCAAAUGAUCCUCAAAAUCUUGAGGCAAAAGUGAAAGGUGUUAAUGGAACAGACACUGCACGACGGAAGCCUGAACGUUUUGCCAGCAGAGAUGAUGUAGAAUUGCGGAAAUCAACUGAGUCCCCAAUGCAUCCAGACACCAUGGGUCACAAAGCUCCAACUUACUCAUCUCCACAACGACAUGGUGAGAAAUCUGGAGGCCGCAAGUCAGAGUCAGAAACAAUGAAGGGCCCUGAAAUCCCAGCACCAAGGCAUGAACGUAGGUCAAGUCGAGAAGAGGGUUAUCUAAGGAAACCUACUGAGUCCCCAUUACGCAAUGAGAACAUGGGGAGAAGAACUCCUAUGGAAUCACCUCAUCAUCGCUAUGGUGGCUUAAGUGGUGGUGCUACACCUAAGAGGGCCUCUCAGCAAAGUGUAGGACCCGAUCGCAGUAUUGAACACUCCCCACUGCAUUCACAUUCCCAUGGAAGGACUGGAGGUAAAGGCGGUGUUGUCUCCUCUCCCUCAUGGGAAAGAAAGGCUUCGUCUGAAGGUAGUCAUGGUCUGGCUCCCUCUACACCUGGAAGAUCCCGUUUGAGAUCGGUUACGAAAGGUGAUGACACGCCUGAUGACAGCCCUGCUGUUCCUAAAUUUGGUGAUUGGGAUGAGAAUGAUCCUGCAUCAGCGGAAGGUUACACACAAAUAUUUAACAAAGUGCGAGAGGAGAAGCAGACUGGCGCAGCAAAAGUACCUGCCACGUCAACUGAUGCAUCUUACUCCAACAGUCAAAAGCGAUAUGGAAAUGACAGUGGAAAGACCAUGUUUCUGGUCACUCUUUACUUUCCAAGAGCAGCCUUGUACACAAAGCAUCACGUGUUCAUGCAGGGUCUUGGGAAGGGCUGCCCGCCAAGGGGGUGUGAUGUAGGCAGCCGUAUCUUGUUGUUGCAAUAAGAAGAUCAUGAAUGACCUCUUAUCGAUCAUACUAGUAAAGCAUUACUCUUAAUGUCUCCUUGCCGCUGUUCUUUGCAGAGAUGUUUGUGCUUUCCAUGGGGUCGGAGUUGACAGCGCCGAGGAUGGGAUUGACAAAAAUGCAAAUAGGCGUGCGCCCUAUUUUAAAACAUGGAACAUUGGUUAUGUAUAGAUUUAGAUCUAAAGUAUAUAUGUUGUUCAUUGUGUGCUUUAGACUGGAAUUCUUUUAUUUACAAACCAGUAAAAAGAUUGAGAAAAGGGAAUGAAAAAACAAGGAGAAAAUGACAUUCUUCUUUUAUC